UGCAGCCGGUGCAGCAUCCUGCGCUUCCUCCCCAGCUCGCCCUGCAGCUGCCCCAGAUGGACACGCUCUCCGCGGAUCUCACUCAGCUCUGCCAGCAGCAGCUCGGAUUAGAUCCCAAUUUCCUAAGGCAUUCUCAGUUCAAACGCCCCCGGACAAGAAUUACCGACGACCAGCUGAAAAUCCUGAGGGCUUAUUUUGACAUCAAUAAUUCUCCAAGUGAAGAACAGAUCCAAGAAAUGGCGGAAAAAUCUGGCCUCUCUCAAAAAGUUAUCAAGCACUGGUUCCGAAAUACGCUUUUUAAGGAGCGGCAGAGAAAUAAGGAUUCGCCGUACAACUUCAGCAACCCUCCCAUAACUGUUUUGGAGGAUAUCAGAAUUGACCCACAGCCCUCUUCUUUAGAACAUUACAAAUCGGAUGCCUCCUUCAGUAAAAGGUCUUCGAGAACCAGGUUUACUGACUACCAGCUUAGGGUUCUUCAAGACUUUUUUGACACAAACGCUUACCCAAAAGAUGAUGAAAUAGAACAACUUUCCACCGUUCUCAAUCUACCUACCCGGGUUAUCGUUGUGUGGUUCCAGAAUGCUCGGCAGAAGGCACGGAAGAGUUACGAGAACCAAGCAGAAGCUAAAGAUAACGAGAAACGAGAACUCACUAAUGAGCGCUAUAUCCGGACCAGCAACAUGCAGUACCAGUGUAAAAAGUGCAAUGUGGUUUUCCCCAGAAUCUUUGACUUGAUUACGCAUCAGAAAAAGCAGUGUUAUAAGGAUGAAGAUGACGAUGCCCAAGAUGAAAGCCAAACCGAAGAUUCCAUGGAUGCCACGGAUCAGGUGGUGUAUAAGCAUUGCACAGUGUCUGGCCAAACGGAAGCAGCCAAAAACGCUCCUGUCGCUGCCGCGAGUUCUGGCUCUGGGGCUAGCACCCCGCUGCUUCCAUCACCCAAGCCAGAACCCGAGAAGACGUCUCCCAAACCUGAAUAUCCCACAGAAAAGCCAAAGCAGAGUGAUCCCUCGCCCCCUUCUCAAGGCACCAAACCAGCCCUGCCAUUAGCAUCCACUUCUUCAGAACCACCACAGGCUGCAGCCACCCAGCCACAGCCGCAGCCACCAAAACAACCCCAACUGAUUGGAAGACCCCCCUCGGCCUCUCAGACCCCGGUCCCUUCAAGUCCACUGCAGAUUUCCAUGACUUCUCUCCAGAACAGUCUACCUCCGCAGUUACUACAAUACCAAUGUGAUCAGUGCACAGUUGCCUUCCCAACUCUGGAACUCUGGCAGGAGCACCAGCACAUGCACUUCCUCGCUGCUCAAAACCAGUUCCUUCACUCUCCAUUCUUGGAACGUCCCAUGGACAUGCCCUACAUGAUAUUCGACCCCAACAACCCGCUGAUGACCGGACAGCUGCUGAGUGGUUCUCUCACACAGAUGCCCCCUCAGACCGCGUCCUCCCACACCCCGGCCUCUGCCACCGUUGCUGCUUCCCUUAAAAGGAAACUGGAUGAUAAGGAAGAUACUAACUGCAGUGAAAAGGAAGGCGGGAAUAGCGGUGAAGACCAGCACCGUGAUAAACGCCUGAGAACCACAAUCACCCCGGAACAACUGGAAAUACUCUAUGAAAAGUACUUACUGGAUUCCAAUCCUACCCGAAAAAUGCUUGAUCAUAUCGCCCGUGAAGUGGGGCUGAAGAAGAGAGUCGUGCAAGUCUGGUUCCAGAAUACACGGGCUCGAGAGAGGAAAGGCCAGUUCCGGGCCGUGGGUCCGGCCCAGUCUCAUAAACGGUGUCCCUUUUGCCGAGCCCUGUUUAAGGCGAAGUCAGCCUUAGAAAGCCACAUUCGCUCCCGGCACUGGAAUGAAGGAAAGCAGGCAGGUUACAGCCUGCCCCCAAGCCCUUUAAUAGCAACAGAAGAUGGGGGCGAAAGCCCGCAGAAGUACAUUUAUUUUGAUUAUCCAUCUUUGCCAUUAACGAAAAUCGAUCUAUCCAGUGAGAAUGAGUUGGCUUCUACUGUGUCAACGCCUGUGAGUAAAACAGCAGAGCUGUCACCGAAGAAUCUGUUAAGCCCUUCUUCUUUUAAAGCGGAAUGUUCUGAGGAUGUAGAGAAUUUAAACGCCCCUCCUGCUGAGGCAGGGUACGAUCAAAAUAAACCUGAUUUUGAUGAGACUUCAUCAAUUAAUACCGCCAUCAGUGACGCCACCACCGGAGACGAGGGAAACGCAGAAAUGGAAAGCACCACGGGAAGUUCUGGAGAUGUGAAGCCAGCUUUAUCUCCAAAAGAACCCAAAACUCUUGACACUCUGGCCAAAACAGCAACCACACCCACCACAGAGGUCUGUGAUGAAAAAUUUCUCUUUUCUCUCACGAGUCCCUCAAUACCUUUCAAUGAUAAAGAUGGUGACCAUGACCAAAGCUUUUAUAUCACAGAUGACCCUGAUGACAAUGCUGACCGCAGUGAAACAUCCAGCAUAGCUGACCCGAGCUCACCAAAUCCAUUCGGAUCCAGCAAUCC